GAGGAGAGCAGGAGGGAGGGAGGGAGCCUGCUUGGUUGGUCCCAGUACUGUUUACUUAAUAUUCUUUGCUAAGGAAGUCCAGUUCAAAUAGGAUUGCAACCACAGUCUGCCUGCAUUAGAUGAGACAUAGUUUGUUAAAGACUUUUAAUUUUUAAGAGCCUUUUGUUCUUAAACCUAAGUGUGUGGACGAUGCUGUUGCAGGAUGCCUUUCCUUUGGGGUCUUAGACAGGAUAAGGAAACCUGUGUGGGGAUCAACAACCAGAGCUACAUAUGUGACACAGGACACUGCUGUGGACAGUCUCAGUGCUGCAACUACUACUAUGAACUCUGGUGGUUCUGGCUGGUGUGGACUAUUAUAAUCAUCCUGAGCUGCUGCUGCGUUUGCCACCACCGCCGGGCCAAGCAUCGCCUGCAGGCACAGCAGCGGCAACAUGAAAUUAACUUGAUUGCCUACCGGGAAGCCCAUAACUACUCAGCGCUGCCAUUUUAUUUCAGGUUUUUGCCAAACUAUUUACUACCUCCUUAUGAGGAAGUGGUGAACCGACCUCCAACCCCUCCCCCACCAUACAGUGCCUUACAGCUACAGCAGCAGCAGCAGCAGCAACAGCAGCAGCAGCAACAGCAGGUGGUCCCUGUCUGCAAUAGCCCCUCAGGCCCUGACCCCAUCAGGAGCCUUCAGGAGGCACAAACCAGCCCACUGUCCGUGCCUGGCAGCAGCAGGAAUAGCACCAGAUCAAGCCCUGAGGACCCUGAGCCCUCCACACUGCUGGUGGACCAAGAGGCUACCAAAGCCUCAGGCAUGGAGCCAGGCAGCUCUGGGGCCUGUCUGGGGGAGCUGGGUGACCCGGGGUCUUUCCUAGAUAAAGACUCAGAGUGUAAGGAGGAGCUGCUGAAAGAUUACAGCUCUGAGAGCUUGGAGCACAGCAGCGCCUUUCCUGAUAGCAAAGACAAGACACCUGGAAGGCACCGACGCUUCACUGGAGACUCUGGCAUCGAGGUGUGUGUCUGCAACCGAGGCCACCAUGAGGACGACCUCAAAGAACUCAGCGGGCUCCUUGAUGAUGCCCUGGACAGCACCCUGGACUUCUGUGAUAGUUGCCAAGCGAGGCCUCCUGGGGAUGAGGAAGAGGGGCUCUACCAUCUUUCUGAGGAGCAAGCUCGGGAGCAUGGCCACCACCACCUGCCCCGCCAGCCGGCGUGCAUCUUGUUGAAUACUAUCAAUGAGCAGGACUCCCCUAACUCCCAGAGCAACAGCUCUCCCAGCUAGAGCAAGCCAGCCUUCUUAGAAAAGCAACAGGGGGAGGGCAGGGGAGGCUGAGCCCAGAGGGGAGCCUUCCAUUGAUUGGUAAAGAAAGUGCUGCUGCUUUUUCUUCUGUCUGUACUUCUGCCCUUCCUUCCCAAGAUGUAAUUGGAGAUAGGGUUGCCCCUCUCCUGCAGAAGCCCAGGUGUGGAUAGAGGGAGAAGGCGUUGAUCCUUUCACUGUAUUCUUCCCUGCUCCACUUCCCCCUCCUCCUCCCUUCUGAGCUUCUUUUUUUAAUCACAUCUCACCUGCCUGUCCAUGUCAGGUGGUGUGCAUUUAGAAAAGUUUGUUCAAGGGGCCAGGAUGGGACCCUGCCCUUGUUCUUUGAAUGGAGUGGGAUCUGCUCUUUGAUUUAGGUAUAGAGACCCACUACGUCCCAGUUAGUAAAUAGGCAACAGGGUUCUACCACUGGGAAAAUUAAAAAGAAAAAAACCCUGGCCUGGGUCCCCUGUGGACCCUAGGCCUGGGUUCUCAGUAGUUACAGAGUUGGAAUUUGAUCCCUGCUUGUAAAAGUCGUGUUAUUGGGGGGUGGAAUGGGGAAAACAGUUGUCUGGGAUGUAUGUGGGGUUUGAUCAAACUUUCUUAAAUGAAUGAUCAGUGCCAGGUGUUCUUUUGGGGCAAGAAGUUGAAGCCUCUUUCCUAGGAGGUUCUGCUGUUCUCAAACUAGAUUAGCUUAAAAGGGUUCUGCUAGUGUUCUUUCUUCAAAACAAAACCACAUAUGAACUAAGCUAAAAAAUAUGAAUGUACCUGAGUGGGCAGCAGAAGAGUUAGUUUUUAAUUAGGGGCAGGUUGGGUGGAGGCCCUUUCUGGUUCACGUCUCUGAGGACCAUGGCUGCACCUGAGCUAGAGAGAAGCUGUUCCAUCAGGGAGAUUGGAACGUGCAGGGAGAAGUUACUUCUGGAUUAUUGGGGAGGGUGUGGAGGGGGCUGCAAACUGUUACAUGUGGAGGGUGCUAUGAUGGGGUGGGGGGGGAUGCUUCUGCUCUAGGAAGAGUAGGGCCUUGCCUUCAUUUUUAGUAAGCACCCUUACUAAAGUGAUGAUUAAUAUCCCUCCCUCCAAUCCCAUCUUUGCAUCUUCUUCACUUUCCUCCAGCCCAUGGCCUUUGUGCCUUCACACUUCACCAGUAUGCCGAAGAAACGGACAAAGCAGGCUGAGCGGGCCCUGGGAAGGGUCAACCCCAGCCCCUCAGCUUGUUCCUUAGGCAGUAUUUUCCCUUGGAUCCCAAGAUCCACUUUUUUUUUAUAUUGACCACUUGGAAGAAAUAACUGAAUUGUUUGGGUUUGUUUUUCCCCUCUUUCCUUAUUAAAUGGUGGUACUUUGCUAGCAUCACCUAUGUAUGUAUGGCCAGGUGCCCCGCUCAGGUCUGAGUGGUUGGCUUCUCAACAAGUGGGGGCCUACUGCCCUCUCAGAUCAUGACUGCUGAAGUUUGGCAUCAGGCAAACUGAGGAGUUUUGUUAAGAAUAGUCUGAGCAGAGAAGGCAAACCAAAAGCUGAAAUUAACAUUCCCUGACCCAGUCCUGUCCGUAUAAAGAAGGUUUGCCUUUUUUCACCCCAGCUCUCAAAUGGUGUUCAGAUUAGAUCACUGACAUUAUGGGAAGAAAAGAGGGGAAGGCUGUGGGGGUGAUCAAGCACCCCUUACUGUAUUUGAUAAAACCAAAAUCCAUCUUGAACAAGGUGAAAAUCAAAAUACACUGACUUUUUGAAUAACCUGUGUGUGUCUGUCUCAUUGUGUGUGAGCCACGGGUACCAAAGCCCCGUGUUUCUGUGAAUAUACUUUGAAGCAGCCAUUGUGCGCAUCUUAACCAAAAUGUUUGGAGCAAAUUUUGGCUCUCCCAAGGGAACUUACUUUAAGCAUUUAUCUGUUUACUGAGCAAAAGCCCUAGGCAAUUCUUGUAUGCCUGGGGGUGUUCAGCAGAGCCCUCAAUGGCAGCCCACUGUUUUUGCCAGAGAAACUUUGCUGGAUGUAGAGGUUUUACUCUACCCACGGUUGCAAUUUGCACAUCACUGCAUUAAACCCCGGAGGUCUGUGUUCUGUUUCCAGUAAGUGGAAUCCUGCUCUAGAUGUGUCUGCAUGAGCAUUGUUUGCCGAGCUCCUGUUACCUCCCUGUGCUCCCCCUGCUGCUCUUGGUCCUCGGCUCACAGGCCCCAGGGUGUGGUGCUGAUGACUACGAGGGACAGAAAGCAGGCCUUGAGUCACAAGCUGAAGUCAAAAUUGGAUUGUCAGCAGCAAGCUUGGCCUGGUUGUUGCCCAGACAUCUGACUUUACCUGGAACUGCCAGGAGAGUUGGCAGAAUCCCCUGUGUGGAGCUCCUGUCACCCUUGGAUGAGGCUUGAUCGCAAUUGAGCAAGUGUAUAGAUGAAAGAGCCAUGACAGGUCCUCGAUUGCCUUUUCAUCUUUUUUUCCCCAAAGCAACUCACUAAAAUGUCUGAACAGCGAGCAAGUUUUACCAAAGUGAAUCCUGUUUCAAUCAAACAGGACAUUGGGAUGCACUGUGGUCUCCUUGGGUUUUUCUCCUCAGAUUGGAGUAGGGAGCUAGAGCAAGAGUUUACAGUUGAUGUCUCCUACCCCAGAUGUAAGAAAAAAAUCGAAUGGUGAAACUGGGCUUGAUUAAUCAACAGUAACCAGAUUAUGGUCAAGGCUUCAAAGCCAUGUCCAUCCUGAAGGGUGAGCUGGUUGAUGAUAGAGUGGGAGCUGGGAGGGAAGAGGUGAGUAGGUUGGACUUAGUAAACUUAACCUGCUUCCUCUUACCUCCCGUAGGUAGAGAUCUUGGUUUUCCUGGUGAAUGAGGACAAUGGGUGUGAGUUGGGUUUGGUGCUACAGUUAGAAGAUUAGCCAAAUGCUGACACAUUCCUGUGUGUUUGCAUGUGUAUAAGUGUGUUUGGCGAAUUGCCACUUGUUGGGUGUUGUGAAUAUGUGUAUUUUAAGCAAUAAGAUUCAGCUGGUCAGACUUCUCUGGGCAGCCUUACUGACACUUUUCCUGUGAUGUGAUUGUUUUGAAGACAGAGUGGCUCCUACCACUGUGAGAUGCCCAAAUAAAAACCAAUCCAAGAUC